AUGGACGGAGAUGUUGCCCCGGUGGAAGAUCUGCUUAAAGCUGCGAAAGAUGUCCUUCUCCUCGGAAACUUUCAGUUCUUCAUUGAUGAAGCGUAUAGCACUGGGUUAAUAGGACCUCAAAGCAGAGGCCUUAUCUAUGAAUUAGAAUUGGAGGAGAGCUUUGCUAUCCGGCUGCAUCCCUUUAGCAAGGCACUAGGAUCUUAUAGAGUUAGCUAA